GCAUCUGUCUCACACACGUCACCACAAACCAGCCACAUGAACAUCCACAUUAUUUGCGACUGUUCUGCCUGCUGUAGCUGUCAGCUUUGAAGUCUGUCUUUACCAUUUCAAAAUGCUGAAGGAUUUUUUUUGUAAAGGUGAAAAGACUCGCUGGUUAUGUAUUAUGAUGUUCUUCACGUUGGGAACUUUAAUCUUUAUUUCCUACAAUUUGAACUUUUUGAGGACUAGCUCAGUGUCGACGCAAUCUUACAACAAUAUGACCACCUCAGCUGGAAGUGUCUCCACAGCUGACAAUUCAGCAUCACAGUACUUUGUGGCAUACCCGCACCCGUACCGUUUUAUAAUCGACCAACCAGACAGAUGUUGGCAGGAAAGCCCAUUCUUGGUUCUUAUGAUCCCAGUCGCACCCCACAACAUAAAGGCCCGUGACGUAAUCCGCAACACAUGGGGAAAAGAAGCGGCAGUGCUGGGCCGAGUUGUCAGCCACUACUUCUUGCUGGGACUGUCCCAAGAAGGAAAUGGGACAGAGCUCUUCGAGGAGCAUGUGCUAGAGGAAAGCCAAAGACAUCAAGACAUUAUCCAGAGUACCUUUGUGGAUAGCUACAGUAACCUCACCAUUAAAACCAUGGUUAUGUUUGAGUGGCUCAGCUCCCAUUGCCCCAACUCUGUCUACGCCAUGAAGGUCGACUCAGACAUGUUCCUUAAUGUCCACAAACUUGUUGACAUGCUUUUGAAAGCCCCCCGCCAUCUCUACAUGACAGGACUGGUGGCAAGGGGUGCUGCUGUUCUUCGAGACAGCACCUCAAAGUGGUUUCUGCCUGACUCUGUCUUCCCUGAGUCAAGAUACCCACCGUAUGCCCUGGGAAUGGGCUAUGUGUUCUCACUGGAUUUGUCCAAAAAGAUUCUGGGGGCAUCUGUCCAUGUUAAAGCUGUUUACAUUGAAGACGUAUACGUGGGCCUGUGUAUGAGACAUCUGGGUAUCGCACUGACAGAUCCUCCUCAUGAUGGUUUGUUUAGGAUACAAAUGCCUUAUUGGCAUAGUAACUGUUUCUGGAGCUCGGUCAUUACAACAUUACUAGCGGAUUCCAACCAGCUUUCAGAUGUAUGGGAAGUGUAUCAGGCAACAGAAAGUGGCUGUUGACACUUUUGCCUGUGUUUGUGACUGUUGGCCUGGUUAAAGUUGCACCUUGUAACUGCAUAACCCUGCGUUGCAGUUACAACCUCUCUCUGUUUACAGCGGAAGUUACUGCCUCAAUGAUAGUUUUUAAUGCCAAGACAGAGGUUGUGAGACAGUUUUGUGUUUGUGUUUGCAAAGAUUGCACAAAUGGCUGUAAAACUGUGAAUAUAAUAAUUUUAAUAUUUUAGGAUGGAGAGCAUUUACUCUUGUGACUAUGUAGAGAGGUGUUGUUAUCAUUUACCCUCAUAGAUAAAAACGGUUAUAAUAAUACCUCUGAGGAAAGCAGGAUUUAUUGAAGGGCUGUUGUAUUACACUGCGUUACUUUUAGCAAAGUGCACCUACUAAACUUGCAACUGAGUUUGUCAUAUUUUUAGGGACUUAUUUACCAACAGAGAAGGCAAAUGAAAUGUCAUCUUGAAGCAUAAUAUAUGACCACGAGAAGUGUGAUGUUUGUGGUCAGCAAAGGAUGAAUGCUACUGAAUUUAGUUGUCGCAUGACUUUUCUUUUAGCACCAUCAUGCAGCUGUCAUUUUUGGUUUUCUGUCACUUUUCCCCAUAAUGGUUAUUAUAAUUGAAAGGUUACCUUCAACUUGGUGCAAAUGUUUGCUUUCAUUAGGUUUAUCUCGGUCAAAGAUACCUUAGACUGCACCUCUUCCAUUUCAACUUUUCUGUGGUGAGACACUUUACAUGAAAGGAUUUCCUCAACUGAGCUGUUUUUUUUUUCUCCUCACACCCACACACAAAUAUCUAUGAAGCCACUUCUUGAUAUGUCUGAACUCACAGAGAUUUGAAAGGGGCCCUGUUUUACACAUCUGGUGUUUGUUUUUUUUUUCUCCUAUACUGAGUAAUGUCAGCCAUGACACAAACAACAGCGCUCUCAUGUGGUAAGAAGGCAAAUGAGAGAAAAGAAAAAGGGAAAGGACAGCAGUGAGGUAGGAAAUGAGUGAAUGAAACAAAAAGUAAAAUUAAAAAGAGCCUGGGUGCUAAUUAGGUUUUGAUAACUUUUAUACAGACAUUUUUUUUUACACGUCAUUGUAUCUAUAAAAGUUUGUGAACCACUGUCUGAGGCUCUUCCAUGAGCAAAUGCCAGAUAAGGAGACACUGAGGGAGACAGAGACAGCUCAAGAAAUGAGCUCGACCAUCCUAUUAGAAUUGUUUCAGUAUGGCUCUGCAGGAUCUUUUUCUCCCAGCAAAACCCUGUAGAUGUGUGCUUAUUCUUUUAUUUUCAUUAUUAGGACCAAAUGGAACAAAUGUCAUUGGAAGGAUUAAAGCAGAGGAAGAAAUGUCAUAUAGUGUGAGGACAUGCAGUUGUAGCAGUUAAGUUCUUUGAGGGUUCUCAGGUUAAUGUUAAGGUUCUUGAAAGACCUCAACCAACCCAACCUGCACCACAAAUGCUUGCUGCAAGAUACACUUGUCUUCUCCGGGGCCUAUUCUACUGCCCCUGCUUCUAACCACGCUGUAGCCUUUUUAAUGUCUUUCACAACCUCUCCAUAUUCAUAAAUCCUCCUCCAAAACAGUUGGGUUGGACGGUCUGAAUUGACUAUUGUGUCUGGCAGAGGAGGACCAAAUUUGGGACUGCUCUGAGAUUUGGUAGGUUUUGGGGAUGGGGCCAGUUUGCGCUAAGAAUCAGCUCCAUGUUGUUACACUCUGACUUUAACCCGGUGUCAAUCCCAAGAAUCUGAUCAGGUAACCUGACCUGGUUUUCAUAUAUGAUUCAUCACAACAUCAGAAGGAGUCAAACAACAUGCCAUGCUGGAUUUUGGCCACCGUUAAGCUGUGCCCUUCUGACUACCAGAUGUCAGAGUGUCCAUCUUUCUUGUCCUCCAUUGCCAGUGAUGCUACAGCUAACUCCGCUUUCUUUCAUCAUGUGUUUUUGUGCUAAUUUUUUAGUUUUUAGUUUUUGUAACUAAUUUCUCAGACUGUCCUUUGACAACUGCAAGAGGUCUUUUCCAGGGUGGCAAUACCCGUGCUUAACAUGGUGAUUAUGAAAAUGAUGAUCAUGAAAACUAUGUGAAUGACAGGCUAUUACCUUCAGAUUUUGGGCUGAUGUUAGCCUGAGUAGGGUUCUACAGACUUGCAGAAUGUACAGUUACCAUAUGGUAAGGAUGUGGAAAGUUUGAAUACUUUAGGCUUUGACGUGCCUCACAGUGUAUGUGUACAGUACCAGUCAAAAGUUUUGACAUGGUAGAGGAGUACAGGUACCUAGGGGUGUACCUGGAUCACAAACUGGACUGGUCCAAAAACGUGGACACUGUUUACAAAAAGGGCCAGAGCAGUCUCUGCUUUCUGAGACGGUUAAGGUCCUUUAACAUCUGCCUGACGAUGCUGGGGGCUGGACUACAGUGUUGGAGAGGAGAUUGUUGUCCAAAGUUAGAACAAUAUUGGACUCUCCUUCACACCCUCUCCACCAUGUGGUGAUCAGUCACAGAAGCUCGUUCAGCAACAGACUCAUUGUUCCACGCUGCACAACAGUGACACAGGAAAUCAUCCCUGCCUGUCGCUAUCAAACUAUAUAAUUCAGAACUCUAAAAAAUCACAGACUCCAUGUAUAGUGUGUAUACAUCAUUUACCUCAUGUACAUAUGCAAAUAUGAAGAUGUUUUUAUUUUUUGAUUUUAUUUUAUUGUUUUUCUGAUAUUGGAUUAUAUGUAUAUUUGGGGGGGCGGGGGGAUAUUGCAGUAUUUUUACCUUUAUUCAACUUUCUAUUUUUAUUUUGGUUUUUAUUUUCAUUAUUUUUUAUAUAUAUAUUUUAUUUUAUUUUUAUUUUUUUUCCCACAUUAACUUUAUUUAUUGUAGAUACACCUUUUCUCUGUGUACACAGUUCUCUGUGCAUUUUUUCUUCAUUGUUAAUUGGGAGUUUGUCAAAGUAACCAAAGAAUUUCCCUAUGGGGAUUAAUAAAAUUUUUCUGAUUCUGAUGUUUUAGAUUCUUCAAAGUAGCCACCUUUUGCUUUGAUAACAGCUUUGCACACUCUGAAUCUACAAUGUAGAAAGGAAUGAAAAUAAAGAAAAACCACUGAAUGAGAAGGUGUGUCCAAACUUUUGACUGGUACUGUAUCUGCAUGCAUGCAUGCAAGUGCCCUCAGGAAAUGGUUUAGAUAAGGGGAGUGUCAACUUCCUCUUGACAAAGGAUACCUUAUACCUUGCCUGAUUGCAAAUACAUACAUACAAACACACACACACACGGAAAAUCAGAAAUGAUAGAGAGGGAGACAGACAAACGACAUCUGUCACUCUGGAAUUUUCUUAUUCAGUUGUUUCACAGAAUGUUUUCUUGUUUGGGUUGGAUACAAGUCCAACAAUGUGUGUGUGUGUGCGUGCGUGCGUGCGUGCGUGCGUGCGUGUGUGUGUGUGUGUGUGUGUUUGUGUGUGUCUGUGUGUGCAGGCAGCUGACCCUGGCGUGAACAGGGGCACUGUGUGAGACCACAGAGAGACCAUUCUUCACUUGCGACACAAGCACACUCACACACCCACUACACACUCAUGGCCAUCCUCUCUUCCCCCUCUCUCGCUCUUUAAUUUGUCACAUUCACUUAGACACACAAACAAACAUGCAAAGGGUGCAACAGAGUCACUUGCCAUCUUUCUCUCAUUCUCCUACACUCAUACUAACACACAGAUCUCUAGCAUAGUCUUGCUCUUUCUGUUUCUGCCCAAGAAACACACACACACAGUGUGUCCCACCACAUAAUGACUCUUAUUUCACUAUGCUGACUGUGACUCACUGGCUCAGUCAGAGGACGGGAAUGUCAAGCUCAAUCUCUCCAAUGUAUUUUACACUUAAAAUCAUAAUUAUAUUAAACAAAUACAUGGUUAAGCAUACUGAGAGGGAACAUACCAAAAUGGAAAUAAACUUUGAAAUUUCUAUGACAA